CCCGACACGAGUCAAAUGCAGGUUCCGAACCUGCUUUAUGUUGGCAAUUUUCAUCCCAUGUGACUUUGCCUAAACUGGCUAACCUGAGGACAAACUCACCAACUGGUUAAGGAGAGAAGGUAGACACUUUGGGCUGGAGGGGGCCAAUAGGGAUCUCUACAUCACAGCAGCAACUGAAGCCUAGCAUUGCAGGAGUACUGAAUUACCCAGUGAGGCAGGAUUCUCCAGCAAUGACUCACUCUCUCUUCAGAGCCUGGAAAAUGCGGAAUCACAGCAAAGAGAAAUGUCAGCAGUUAACACUCAGACAUUCUGGAUUUCAUGGAAUACACCUGGUCAUUCGGAGAACUUGUGAAGCAAAGUCCUGAAAAAGUGCAGGUGGAGGAGAAGUCACCAGAGAUCCUUAGCGAACCUGAGGCCGUAGAUGUUACCGCUGAGGAAACACAGACACCAAGUGGGGAGCCUGAGACAGAAGAUCACAUGACUGAAACCUUGGAAUCUGAAGAUGAACCUAAACAGCUUACGAUGAACAUCUCAGAUCUCAAAUUUUGUGAAUUCUGCAAUCAGAUCAGUCUUCCCUAUCCCUCGGGUAACAUCGCCAUAGUAAUCUUGACUUUCCACCCUGGUCAAUUAGAAUAUCUCAUUUUCCAAGACUUGGACUGGAACGCCAAAAUCCUGGGAGUCUUCCGAUCAAAUGGUUACGGAACGUGUUAUCUUCCAAACGGACUGAUUUGGAUCAACCUGAGCCCAUUAAAUGGAUUGUACUUCAAUAAAGAAGGACAGACUGAGAAACAGUGGCUGUGGCGGGAUUACAGUUAUCAUGUGCAUGCACCACCGUAUCAGUCAAUAAGCCUGGAAUUAAACUCUAAUAUCACCAUCCAGUUCAUCUCCCGGGAACAGAUUUAUACCACAUUCAAGGCAAAGAACAAUGGCAUAACAUUUAACAUGGGAGCAAAACUGGUGCUGAGGGACCUCGAAUACUUCCACAAAUUAGAAUCAAACAACGUCAUGGAAGGGAAAUAUCUCAAGGCCAUGAGGCAGAAAAUUCGCAACAUCCUUCGGCAAAAGCGUUAAUUUGAACAGCUUUCCCUUCUGAAAGAAAAACUGAUACCAUUCACCAAGUUCCUGUUACAAGGUUCAUGCAGAGAAUAUGAAUUUGUCCAUAUUGAUUCUGGUGGUCUCAGUACGUAGUGCUGCAUCAGAACUAAUGACCUCAGAUAGAUGCUCGCUAAGUCAUCUACUUGAAUGCCAUCAAUGAGAAUCACGCCAUUGUCUAUUUACACUUGAGUAGAACCAGUGAGAUUUCUGAGUUUGUUGGUUGGUCUCUGACUGAGUGUCAAUAGGUUUCUGAACGUGACCGAAAUAGUAGCCUACAGUUGCAAUUGAAUGAGAUGCAACUUAGCAUUUAUUCUGGUCAGCAAAUUUGCAGGUAAUACUAAAAUCGUGAAUAGAAGAACAUCGAAUUGUACAGCACAGGAACAGGCCCUUAGUUUUACAAUGUUGCUCCGAACAUGAUGUUAAAUUAAACUAACCCCUUCUGCCUGCUCUGGGCACAUACCCCUCCAUUUCUUGCAUAUUCCUGUGCUCUCUAAAACCCCUUAAAAAACCCCUAUCGUAUCUGUCUCCAUCACCACCCCAGGCAGUGCGUUCCAGACACCUACCACACUCUGUGUAAAACACUUGCCCCCUUUGAAGUUCCCUCCAUCUCACCUUGAACACAUGCCUCCGAGUAUUAGACGUUUCAACUCUGGGAAAGAAAGACUCUGUCAAUCCUACUGACGCAGCUCAUCAUUUUAUAGCCUUCUACCGAGUCUCCCCCCAGCCUCUGCCAGGGAGAAAACAACCCAAGUGUUUCUAGCUUAUUAGGGGUGGGACUAUAGGUGUAUGUUUUUCUACAAGAUAAUGUACAUGCAUUUAGCCCAUAUAACUACAACAUCAUGUAUAUCGGUGAAUCCAGUACAGUCUAUCCUCACCAUGGACAGGCAAGUGAACUGAGCGAUUGAGAAAAGAGCCCAAUUUUAUUUUGUACAGAUUGCCAGCUCAUGAGCAAUGCAGGAGAGUUGUAGUCAAAGCAAACGGAUUGCGUUUGAGUUAUACCUAUGCAACCAUUCAAUAGACACCAUUCAGUCCUUAUACCGAUGAUUUGUUAGACCACUUUGGGAAUGCAAUGUCCAGCUCUGCUUCCCCAGGAAUAAGAAAGGAAGGCUUGUAUUUACAUAGCACCUUUCACAAUCUAGGGCUAUCCCAGUUCACAAGUUUUUCCGAGGGCAGUCGCUGUUGCAAGAGAUGUGGCAGCCUAUAUACACAGCAAGCUCACACAGACAGCAAUGCGAUAAUGACAUCUUUAUGAUGUAGAUUGAUUGGUCAGUACUCUGAGGAAAACUUCUCUCUGAAACAGUGCCAUCAUGACUGUUCACUAAAAGGGCGGUCAGAGCGUCAGUUUAAUAUCUCAUUCAAAUGAUGACACCUCUGCAAGUGUAGCAUUCCCUCAGUCCUGCACUGGAGGGUCAGCCUAGUCAGAUAGUUGGACUUGGACUCACAACCUUCACAUUCACAGCGGAGGGUGCUCAAGCUAUAAGAAUGAUAUUGAACUUCAAGAACUUCAGCUACUUAAAUACGAUUAAAGAUAUGGAGCCACUUUAUUUAUUGAUAAAGUUAUUCCAAAUCGAGAGACUGGGGAAGACCAGGGGACACACAAUUACAUUUUGCGGGAGUAAGAAUAGACUGUGAACAGCUCUUUUUCCCCCGAGUGUGCUGUAUCUCUGCGUGCCUUCAACAUAAAGUGAGGUUGGAUUUUAGCUCUGGCAGAAGUCGCAAUAUGUGAAGGGGUAAGUAUUUACCCAACAUUUGAAGAAUGAAAACAGCCACCUUCAAACCUGUCAGGAAACUGGUGCUUACAUUUCAUUGAUAUUGUUGAAAUUGUGAAUAGAUGAAUUAUUGUAGGUCGGUUUCUGAUAGACUCUGGUGAUAUUCUGGGAAGAAGACGUCAUGACACAAUCAAUACUGAUUUCAUUUGAGAAGGUGGUGGUGAACUACCAUUAUGAACAAGUCCAUAUGAUGUAGCUAGAUCUGCAGUGUGUAAGGGAAGAGUUUCCCACAUUUUGACCCUGUGACAGUGAUGAUGAAGUGAUAUAGUUGAGGGGAGCUUGCAGACAGCGGUGUUUCCCUAAAACAUCACCAGUUUGGGAGGUGUUGUUGAAGGGAUCUCUGCCAGAUUCUGCAGUGAGUUUUGUAAAUGAUGCACACUAGUGGUGGAGGGAGUGAUUGUUUAAGAUUGUAGUGGGGUCGGCUUUGUCCUGGAUGGUGUCAAGCUUCUUGAAUGUUGUUGGAGUUACACCCAUCCAGGUAAGUGGGGUAUAUCCCAUCACACACCUAACUUGCGUCAUAUAGAUGGGGAACAGGCUUUGGAGAGUCAGGAGGUGAGUUACCCACUGCAGAUUUUCUCUAAUCUGCUGUCAUAACCACAAUAUUUAUAUUGCAAACCUACAUCCAGAACCUCAAACCUCCAGAGCUACAAAUCUUCUCAAAACUCACUAAUACUUAUAUAUCUGGUUCCUCCCCUCACCCUGUGAUGUCGAUAAUGGGAAUUCAACAGUGACAAUGCCAUUGCUGUCUAGGGGAAAUGGUUAGAUUCUCCCUUGUGAGAGAUUAUCAAGACCCUGUACUUUAGUAACAUGCACAUUACUUGCCACUUAUUAACUCAAACUGGGAUGUUGCUGCUCGAGGAAUCCUGGGAAAUAGCAAAACUGUAUUUGGGCACAGACUUUUUCAUAAUCUGGGGGUAAUCAUCAGCAGACCUGACAUCAUGAUGGAGGGAAGGUUAUUCAUGAAGCAUUUCAGAGUGAUUGGACUUAGAAUGAACUCUUACAGCAAUAUCCUGCAGCUGAGAACAACUAACGUCCAAUAAACAGAUCCACCUUUCUUUGUUCCAGGUAUGACUCCAACCAGCAGAGGGCUCCCCUUCAAUUAAUGGUGACCUUGAUUUUACUAGGAAUUCUGGUUGCCACAUGCUGUUAAAUGUUGGCCCAUGUUUGGACCAGGGCUGUAAUCAGAUCAGGGGCCAGGUGCUGAGUAAGUGCCACUGUCAAUGUCUGCUUCCAUCACUUUGCUGAUAAUCAGAGGGUUGUGAACCUGUGGAAUCCUCUACUGCCAAGAAGCUGAGUCUUUAAGUUUGCUUAAGGUGAGGAUUGAUAGAUCUCUGAUUACCAAUAGCGUACAAGGUUCUGGCAAUGGUGUGAACAAAAGGCAUUGAAGCGUUCAAAUCAGCCACGACCCUUUUAAAUGGCCGGGCUGGCUCAACAGGCAGAAUGGCCUCUUCCUGUUCCUGUGGAACAAAAAUGGGGCAGGAUUGGAUUUGUUUCCACAUUGUCAGGUCAAUUCCAGGGUGAUUCUAUUGGGAGAAAGUGAGGACUGCAGAUGC